CUGGAACACCGUAACUUAUACGUGUUAGACUUGGACUGCGAUUACGCCGUUGAUGUUUUACAACAGGCACAUUUGAAAAGGAUGUUUGUCGCUCCGACAAAGUGGCUGCUUGUUCAAGAUCGAAGAACAAUUACCAACGACAACAACACCGGACUUUUGAAACACGAUGACUCGAUAUUGGAAGUUUUCAAGGAUCUAGCAAUUUAUCCCGAUGCCGACGUGAUCGUCGCUCGGAGAUUCGACAGCGAUUUUCUAGAACUACUGUCUCCCUACCGACCAAGUCCACAAAGAGAUCUGAUAUGGGAAGAUCGUGGAAAUUGGACAAUUCAGAGUGGUUUGCGUAUGAAGAAUUUUGACGUGGCUUCGGCGCGAAGAAAAAAUCUUCAACAAACGGCUCUUAAAUCGUGCCUCGUGAUGACAGAUCCCGAAACGAUCAAUCACUUGACCGAUUUUAAAGAUAAAACCAUUGAUCCCGUCACAAAGGCCGGAUAUCCAUGGCUACUUCAUUUGGUAAACCGGAUGAAUGCAACAGUAAGUUUUGAAGUUACAAAUACUUGGGGAUAUCGCGCAAAAAAUGGUUCCUGGAGUGGAAUGAUCGGAAUGUUGGAGAGACGCGAGAUUGAUAUCGGCGGCACCGCUACAUUCCUUGUGUCGGAACGUAUCGGUGUCGUGCAAUAUGUUCAACUGUACACAGAAACACGCCCGCGCUUCAUAUUUCGACGGCCUUUACUGUCGACCGUAAGCAAUAUAUUCUUGCUGCCGUUUCAACGAAGUGUCUGGAUAGCAAUCGCCAUAUUCCUCGCUGUGGUCUUCGGUUUGCUUUUCACAUCUGUCAAAUGGGAGUUUCAUCAAGACAGCAGGACGCUAAAAUCGUCAACUUAUUGGAAUCAAUUAAAUCCGAGCGAGCCAACAGUCAGCGAUAAUUUUCUUAUUAUCUUAGGCGCAUUUACGCAACAAGGAUAUUCAUACGAGCCGUACAGAAUCUCGUCGCGAAUUGUUACUCUUAUGUUACUGCUGGCCUCUCUGAGUCUUUACGCGGCGUAUACUGCGAAUAUUGUGGGCCUGUUGCAAUCCACCACAAAUUCUAUCAGAACUAUUUCAGAUCUUUUCAACAGCCCUUUAAAAUUGGGUGCUCAGGAUGUUGUGUACAAUCGACAUUAUUUCAAGUCUUUUCAAGAUCCCGUUAGAACGGCAAUUGUGGAGCAACGAAUCGAGCCGAAGGGACGCAAGUCCACUUGGAUGUCUCUGGAAGAAGGUGUAAAUCGUAUAAAAACCGAACUAUUCGCAUUUCACGCUGAAGUCGGCGCGGUCUACCAAUUGAUGCAGGAUACAUAUCAGGAAGAGGAAAAGUGCGGUUUGACGGAAAUCGAUUUUUUAAACGUUCUGUCUCCACUUCUCGUGACACAAAUACAAUCGCCUUAUUUAGAGAUAAUAAAAAAUGGUGCCUUAAAGUUACGAGAAAACGGACUCAAACAAUACGAAGAACAUCGUCUGUACACAAAAAAACCAGUGUGCUCAACUCAAACUAGCUUUAUCACAAUUGGUUUUACGGAAUGCUACUUUGCCCUAGUCAUAAUGGGCUACGGAGUACUAAUUGCCGUAAUUAUGUUUGUGUUUGAAUUCUUGUGGUACAAAAGGUAAAAUUUCAAGAGACUUUAAAAUGUUUUGUUCUAUUAUUAUGUUUUCUAAGUAAUUUAGUUUCCUCUGUCCUCCCCUUCACCAAUUUGAGUGUAAUUACACAAAUUAAUGUGUUUUUGCACGAAACAAAAGACUCUGCUUCGCAAAAGCGAGUUAUUAAGCAUUAAAGAAAAAUUUUUUUUUACAGACAAAUCUUACGUGCAGCAAGAACAGCGCUGAAUACGGAAAUGUGACACCGUACAACGUAAUGUAAAAUAAUUA